CGGCCCGCGUCCUUCCCAGACUUUCAGCUGUCCUUUGUCAUCUCUCACCUUCACGCUACACACCUCGUAACUCACCAUCUUUUCCUCGACCGUUUUCAUCAGGAGCAAGUGUAGAAAUAUUAAGAAAAGAUAAAGAAAGGAUGUCGUUCCCUGAGAAGAUCAAAGCAAUUCAAGUACCUAAGCAUGGAGAUGUCGACGUUAUCGAGCUUGCGGAAGUACCGUUCCCAAAGCAACAGCCUGGUGAAGUGCUCAUUAAAGUAGCUUAUGCAGGAGUGAACUUCAUCGACACGUACAUGCGUAAAGGGCUCUACCCGGCCAAGUCGUUCCCAUUCGGUAUAGGUCAAGAAGCUUCAGGGACAGUAGUUGCACUCCCCACAGACCAGUCCGUCCUCGCUGACGAGGAAUUCAAGAAACGCGGAUUGACAGGGAGCGCAAAGGUCAUAGCCAGAUAUACGGGUUCCUUCGCAGAAUACAUCUCCGUCCCCUGGAAAGACGUCUACUCCCUCCCACCUUCCAUCCCCCUACGCACAGGAGCAGCACUAAUCAUCCAAGGUCUCACAGCUCUAACCUUCAUGACCGAGGCCCACCCAAUCCAAAAAGGCGAAACCAUACUCAUUCACACAAUCGCAGGCGGUCUCGGCUUGUUUUUCUUGCAAAUUGCUAAAGCGAGAGGAGCGACUGUGAUUGGUACGACGAGUUCAAAAGAGAAAGCAGAGUUGGCGAAGAAAUAUGGAGCGGAUCACGUUAUUCUUUAUACGGAGGAGGAUACGGUGAAGAGGGUACUUGAGAUUACGGGUGGGGAAGGGGUGAAUGCUGUUUUUGAUGGUGUUGGGAAGGAUACAUUUGACGCCAACUUCGAACUACUCCGCCGAAAAGGAAGCCUCGUCUCAGUAGGCAACGCCUCAGGCCCCGUCCCUCCCUUCCCACCACUCAAACUCACAGGAAAGAACAUCAAACUCACUCGGCCCACGUUGAUGAACUACAUAGUAACACCCUCCGAAAUCUCCUCCUACAUCCAAGAACUCUACAAACUCAUCGAAUCCAGUUCGAUCAAAGUAAACAUAUUCAAAGAAUACCCGUUCACUGCUGAGGGCGUCCGACAAUCGCAAGUUGAUAUUACCGGGAGGUCGACUAUUGGGAAGUUGUUGAUUAAAGUUUCUGAUGAGUGAACUCAGGCUUGAUUUUUGAGGAGUUUGGAUUGGAUUGGAUUGGAUUGGAUUGGGUUGAUUUGGCUUGAGGAGUUGCGAAGCGCUGGAGAGGAGGGAUCGUUGGAGUGGAGUACAUAUGAAGGAUGAAGAAUGAAGGGUGAAUUGGGUUGAAUUAAUAAUGAGAUAUUGAAUCCGGGUAAUGUAAAGUAUAUACAAAGAAUAUGAAAAGCUUUCGUACAAG